CGAUAAUAUCACACAAUACUAUCCCCGACGCUUUCAUGACUGAAAUGUCAUAAACAAAAUAGCUAUCAGUUCCAACCAUGGUCCCAACUUUUAAUUAAUUUAUUUUUGAUCAUCUAAAUUUCCUCCAAAUUUCACUUUCACUUCCUUUAAAAUUGCAUACGAUGGCAUUUCUAAGACUUGCCUUUCUUAUUUCCUAUAUAAUUUUGAUCAGCAAUGUCACGUUAUAUCGAGGUGCAGAUAAUAACGAAAAUGUAAUGGAAGAUGGCACGGACUAUGCUCUUAAAAAAUCACAUCGCUAUUCAGUUAUUGAGGAGAAUUUUUCAGAAGAAUCGCAAGAUGAGGGAAAAAGGAUAGAAUCGCCUUUACAAGAUGCUUUGAAGACUGCAAAAUGUUACAUAGAAUCUCGAAAUAGCGAGUCAUUGAAGAAAAUAUUGUCGGCUACUUGCGCACCUGAUGAAGAAAAGCAAAUUUGAAAAACAUUUAUGCCACAAAUAUCUGACCGUUUUGUGUAUAAUUAUUUAUAUUUUAG